UUGUUUUCUGGUUAGAACCAGGUGGAAAUCUGCCCUUAAGUAGGACAGCUAUGUGAAGGGAGGCAUGUUUUUGGACAACAUCAGCACAUUCUGACCAUACAUGUCUGCGUUGCAGAUCGCUUCCUUUGCUGUAGUGAGUGGACACCUUGUCAAGGUUCCAGGUGAGACCAACGAAAGCUUGCAAUCUCGCUGGCCGGGGGGCGUCCCCAGCGCUUGCCUGAAUUGGGCACAGAACGCAGAAGGUUAUGAGCUUCGUCGGCUUACAACACGGAGAGCAAAGUUCUUUCCAGAGUACAGAGAAGAGUUGCUGCAAAAAGUACAGACGCAACAGACCCAAUCUUCUCAGUGGAUCGUUCUUCCUCAGUGUCCAGCCACGGGCUGGGCUCUGCGUUUGCUGAAUGCAUCAAGCUUCGCUGAUGACAGUCCUAUUGGAGAGGCCAACUUGGCGCAGGUUGUUCAUGAGAUUUUGUCUGCAGGUGAGGAGACUCUCUUACAGACGUUACGCUCACGCUUGGGAUUGUUUGGACUGUUAGGCCUUGCAGGCAGGCGGAAGCUGGGGCGCCGCAGAGCUUCUGCUUUGUCGCCAGUGAUUUGGGAGGUUUUCACCGAGCUUCCCCACUGGUCACCUUUGCAAAGAGAGCUUUGGAGGGCAAUUCGAUCUCGGCGUCCGUUGCCCCUGUCUGCAUCAAUACUUGAACUUGCUGCUCCCUCUGACGGUUUGGGGCAAGCAGUUGCUUUAUUGGCAUCAGCUCAAGAGAUACGAUUGCGUUCAGGCGAUGUACUCUCAUCUUCGCAGAUAUUCUCUGAAGUGCAUUCGCUUGCUCGCUCUGCAGCACAGCUCCUGCACAUGUGGACCUCAAAAGUGAAGAUAGAAGACAUGGUGAGGGGUCUUCGAGACUGGCCUUUGAUACAACUGCUUUCUGAUUUGGAAGUGUCUGAUCUGGCAGGGCUGCAAGCAAUGGGACGUGAUUUGGUUACUCAUCACAUGGUGCGGUUCUUACCUUCGCCAGACGCCGUGCCAAGCAUUGUGUUGCCUUUUCGUGAACCACUCAGCGAUCAUGAUCGUGACAUUGGGCGAUUUCAUUGCACGACGGACUUCUUCGCGGAGGUGGAGCACUGGAUACAGAACAGUCCGCUGGACGCUCGUUUGAUUGCAAUUGAGGUAGCGUGUUGGCUUCCUGAUUGCUUAGUAUGGGCUGGUCAUCGCUUACAAGGUCGAAUUUCAGCAGCUUGCUUGGAGGCUGAUGACCUUGCAGCAGCGGCCGGGCGACGCUCUGUGAAACUUAACGGCUUUGAGGGACAGGUUCACGUGCUUCAGCGCCGGAUCACCAGCUCAACAUCAUCCCGGUGGAAGUGUCGUGCUCCUGAUGACUUUAGCCACGAAGACAAUCUAGAAGAAAAUGUACAUUUGUCAAAUGAUCGACGUUGCAGUUUCACCGAAGGAAAAGACCCAAAUGAUGAUGUGGACCAUUUGGCAACCAGCAUUGAUUAUGAAGUUGAACGUCUUGGCUUGGAGCGCAUUGAUAUUCUGAAGUUGUCCAUCUCAUCGCUUGACAUUCUGAGGAGUGCUACGCGUACAUUGCAAAAGACCAACCGGAUAUUGCUUGCAACAGACCCUCGGGACACAAUGAUGCAGGUGCAGUUUUUGAAAGCUGCUGGCUUUGAGGCAUCACUCGUCACGUCCCACUGCGCGCAACGUGUUGCAGAUGAUUUUGUUGGAAACGAGAUUCACAUUCCGGUGCCGGAAAAGUCUGGAGGGGCUACGCCUUACAGUUUCUAUGUCCUUGGGCGGCGGAUAUCAAGCUAGCGACAACGGGCGAAAAUGCUGAACAUUUUGAAGCCUUCUCCGUUUUUGC